AUGCUGGCUGGCGGAUCGAAUGGACCCGAGGAUAUUCGAGCCGCGCUAUCACAAGCCGUCAAAGAUGCACAGAAUUUGUGGGAGGAGAAUAGAGAUCUACAGGGUCGAUUCGUGAAUGAUCUUGGCGAGCUGCAGAGAAUCCAAAUGGCCAUCGGACAACUCGAAUCCGAACAAAGAUCCGAUCAGUUACAACAGGCUCGCCAAUCGAUGCAAGAAAUGCAGCGUCGUGCCUCACAACUCUACGAGAUGCUCAUCGAUCGACGCGCCCAGCUUACGACUCGUUUAAAUAAUGGGCUACAAUUUGUGGCCAUGUUGCAAAACUCCUUGAUCAGCGAGCGCUUGUUCAACUGGAAAAACCAACAAAAGCUGGCCCAAGUCGGCUUCCCGUUUGAGAAUCGAGAUCAAUGCUUGGAUGAGAUACAGAAAGAAUUUGAAUUUCUCGCCGAACAAAAUUGGCAACUACGAACCUUCGCUUGCUAUCAACACGACUUCGUUAAGCGCGGUCCACAACUAAACGACAACAAUGCACAAACGUGUGCCCAGAAUAUCUCAGCAAUCAUGGAUCAAUUGUCGAAACUGUUAUGCAUGCUCGUCUCGCAAUCUUUCGUGGUCACCGUUCAACCGGAUCCCGUGCUCAAAACACAGCACAAAUUUGGAACUGAGGUCCGUUUACUGAUCGGCGAUACCCUGGGCAUUCGUCAAAAUCUGGUGAACACGAAUGUCACCGUGAAAAUCAUUGCCGAAGAAGACGCGAAACUUCUCUCAACUGGGCAACUUUCUGAAAAAGACAUAAAAACCGUUGGCUCGAUCUCGAACGAUUUCGAGAAAAUGAUGAUGGAUGAAAAAGGGCAUAUGGCUGCGAAAUUCAACAAUUCGAAACUCACACGCAUCGCCCAUCGAAAGCAACCUCCAAGAAGUGCGGCUGAGCAGAGGAACAAUCCCACUUCGGCAGCCACCGAUCAGAAAUACGCUCUUCUCUUUCACAUCAGUCCAUUCCAACUGGGAAAUCUUGGAAAGUUUGAUGUGUGGACAAUGUCCCUACCCUUAAUGGUCACCGUUCAUGGGUCACAAGAUUGCGAUGCACAAGGGGCAAUCCUUUGGCAGAGAGCUUUCAGCACUGUGAACCGUGCCCAAAGCGGUUGCGACAUUCAGCACGUCGCCUGGCAAGAGCUGGGUGAAGUCAUUCGAUACAAGUUCUCACUAUUCACAGGUGCUCGUCGUCCUCUCUCCGAUUCUGAUCUCAACUAUUUAUACGAGAAAUUCUUCGUUCCCAACGCGCAAGACAUCAAACCAAUAACGUUCAAUCGUUUUGCAAAAGAAAGACUCCGCGAUGAUGUGAAUUUCUCAUUCUGGGAAUGGCUAUUCUCGAUCAUGCAGCUCAUCAAACAAAAGUUACUCAAAUUUUGGGAUGAAGGUUGGUGCAUAGGAUUCAUCUCGAAGCAGGGAGCUUCUGACGCGAUGCACUCUUCACCUGAGCCAACUUUCCUGCUUCGCUUUUCUGACACUCAAACCGGAGCUGUGAGCAUCGGUUUUGUAUGUGAUGGAGUUCCGUUCCAUCUCGCUCCAUUCUCGAUCAAAGAUCUCGAACAACUUUCUCUUGCACAACGAAUCGUUUCAUGUCCUCAAUUGAAGGAUAUACGAUACCUUUUUGGCAAAAACGGGAACGUGGACAAAGAAGAGAUGUUGAAAUAUUUCGAGUCUGAAGAAAGACAUAAAGCUGGCGGUGACAGUCCAACAACAGGCUAUAUUCUAUCGGAGAUCAUCAUGGUUGCGAACACGUCUGGGCGCUACCCAAACUCGUUUGGCACCGAUUCCCCGUCUCCACUCUCAGCUCAUUCACGGCUUGAUUGGUCUCCCGGUGAAGUGAUUCAACCACUAAACUCGAUGGAAAUCUCCGAUUACCCGAUGGCUCCGUUUGAUGGAAGGGAGGGAGGGAUCGAGGCUUUAUUAGGCGGUGGUUUCCAGGCUCGUUUACCCGAUCAACCUCUGCAACCGAUUGAUCUCUCGAUUUUUGAGACUUUCCAGAAUCAGCAAAAUUUUCAUGCGGUCGCAAACCCCCCGCCCCAUCAAUAUCCUUACCAUGAACAUCGUCAAUAUCAA